UAACACGUUAACACGUUUGUACCUGAUACCUCUACAAAACCUAAACUAAAAAGUGAUAACACGUGAAUCGUGAUCGGAUUAUUGUCGAAUUGUCGAGACCCGUUUGGCUCUCUAAGAAAUCUAUGAAUUUACACUUCAAUCAUUGGCAGAGUCUAACGUAUUGACCAAACGCGAAAUCUUGCAAUUAAUUCAAAAAUAAUCAAAGUGAUAUAUUAGCGCAGAAAUUAUAUUUCUGAAUUGUGGUUGGUUGUUGCGAAUUAAAACAACUUUUUUGUCUUAACAAAUAUAAAAUGCCAAAAAUUAAAAAAAAUAUCGAAAAUUUAAAACACCCCAACAGUCGCAAAAUGAUGUCUUUAGCAAAGAAAAUUAAUAAAGAAGAGAAGAAAAAUAAUAAUAAACUUGGAACCCACAUUAAACACAAUUUAAUUGGAGAAAAGAUAAUGUGGUUUAAAGACAGGCUUCCUGUAGGAUGCCAGGUAUUAACUAGGCCACAAACAUUAGAACUUAUUGAGAGUUAUUUGGCGCGUUUUAAUGAAGAACUAGAUCAAAUAGCUUUAAAAAACUCAAUGGGUCAAAGGAAAAACCGUCAGCAUGCUAGUCGAGAAGAUGUCAUAAACAUAACAAAAAAACGAGAAAUUGAAGAGUUUGAAACAUGUGGCCUGGAAAUGCCAGACUUAAUGGAUAUACAUCAGAUGGAAGUAUUAAGAAAUUGGAAUGGAGAGUUAAGGUUCUUGCAACAUUUUAAACUGCGUAGUGGGAGCCUGGAAGAGAUGGCUUGAAAGUUAUAAGGCCACCUGUUGCCCCAUUAUUAUUUAAUUAUUUUAUAUACCUAUAUUGAACUGAAGUUAAGAACAAUGUCAAAUAAAUAAAAAAAUUAACUUCUAAUAAAAGACCAAUUGACUAAACAUAAUAUAUUUACACAAUAACCUAGAUUAAUACAAAAAGUUAUAUAAUAUGCAGAAUCAAAUUAUUAGUGUACAUAAUUGAAUAUGAGUUAGUAAAU